AUAGAAUGUUACACGCACUAUAAAUACCAGCCAACACUGGUCAUGUUUUUUGCAUGACUACUGCUAAUAUCAUAUUGUUCUUAGCUUUUGGUUGGGCUAUUGCAUUGUUCUUGUGUUACUCAUUUUUCGAGUGCAUAUUGCUAUUAAAGAAAAUGACAAUUGAGCAACACAAAAAUGUUGACAGUGUUGAAGCCAAUGGGCUUCAGAGUUUGCAAGAGCCCUUCAUUCAACAAGGGAAGGGUGCUGUUGGUGCCUGUAAAGAUGUCGAAUCUAAUACAACAGUUCAAAAUGGAUCCAUCGGAAUGGUUCUGCUUAGCACAUUUAUUGCUGUUUGUGGUUCUUUUUCAUUUGGAACUUGUGUGGGCUAUUCAGCACCUACUCAAGCGGCUAUCAGGGAAGAUCUUAAUCUAUCUCUUGCUGAGUUUUCUAUGUUUGGUUCUUUAGUAACAAUUGGUGCAAUGCUUGGGGCAAUAACAAGUGGCCCGAUUACGGAUUUCAUUGGCCGGAAAGGGGCAAUGAGAAUGUCAACAGGAUUUUGCUUAACGGGAUGGCUAGCUGUCUUCUUCUCAGAGGAUUCUUACACACUUGACAUGGGGAGAUUUUUCACAGGAUAUGGAAUUGGAGUUAUCUCAUUCGUGGUCCCUGUAUAUAUAGCAGAAAUAGCACCCAAAAAUCUCCGGGGUGGACUUGCAACAACAAAUCAGCUUAUGAUUGUUAUUGGAUCAUCAGUCUCAUUCUUAAUAGGAAGUGUCUUAAGUUGGAGACAGCUAGCUCUUGCAGGGCUUGUGCCUUGCAUUUCCUUGCUGAUUGGUUUGUGGUUUAUCCCAGAGUCUCCCAGAUGGCUGGCAAAGGUUGGCCUCAAGAAUGAUUUUCAAGUAGCUUUAAGAAGACUCCGGGGAAAAGAUGUUGAUAUUUCUCAAGAAGCUGAUGAAAUUCUUGAUUAUAUUGAAACUCUUCAAAGCCUUCCUAAAACUAAGCUUCUGGAUUUGUUUCAAUUCAAACAUGUGCGCUCAGUAGUUAUUGGAGUUGGGUUAAUGGUAUGUCAACAAUCUGUUGGAAUUAAUGGCAUUGGAUUUUAUACAGCUGAGACUUUUGUAGCAGCUGGACUUUCUUCAGGAAAAAUUGGUACCAUAGCAUAUGCUUGUGUGCAGGUUCCAUUCACUGUAGUGGGAGCCAUUUUGAUGGAUAAGUCUGGAAGAAGACCACUUAUAAUGGCUUCAGCAAGUGGGACAUUUUUAGGCUGCUUCAUUACUGGAAUUGCUUUCUUUCUCAAGGAUCAGAGCUUAUUGCUUGGUUGGGUGCCAAUAUUAGCUGUUGCUGGCGUGCUGAUAUACAUAGCAGCAUUUUCAAUUGGAAUGGGACCGGUUCCUUGGGUAAUAAUGUCUGAGAUCUUUCCCAUACAUAUGAAGGGGACUGCUGGUAGCUUAGUGGUUUUGGUGAAUUGGCUAGGAGCUUGGGUAGUUUCAUAUACAUUCAACUUUCUAAUGAGCUGGAGUUCUCCUUGUACUUUACUUUUAUAUGCGGGAUUCUCCCUUUUAACUAUUCUUUUCGUAGCAAAGUUAGUCCCAGAAACCAAAGGUAAAACACUAGAAGAGAUUCAGGCAUGCAUCAAUUCAUAGAAGGAAAAAAGGGCGACAAAGGAGCAACUACUUAUAUUUUUCAAAUUCUUUUGGAUCCAUUUGAAACAAUGGAUAGGAUCGGCAUUGCCAAGUAAUGCAUAAUAUAACAGUGAAAUUACAUGCGGUAUAUAUGAAUGUAACAAAUAGUAGAUGAUAUGUAUCCAUUAUUAUAUUAUUAGCUCAUUGGUUUAAAAAAAAUUAUUCAGAAAAUAGCCAUUGCCUUAAUUUGUCAUGAUUAAUUUAUCAAUUCCAGAUAGGUGGUCUACCUGCAAUUUUCUUUUUAUAUAAUAAAAGGUCUGUCAUUUAGACGUGUUCACAAAAUAAUGCAAUUUCAGAGACCUGUUCAUCUUCCUAGCCAAAACAUGUCUCAACCUGUUGUUUUCUAAGACGGGACUUUCUAUUGACAAAUUCACUUCCUUGACACCUUUUUUUUCAUCCUUGCUUUGCAAAGCAUAAUUUAAUUGUGAUUGGAAAAUGAGAAACAGAAGAACUCCUCCAAAUAUUUCAGAUUUAAUUGGCAAAACUUAUUGUCAUAGUUUUGACAUUUUGCUAGCUUAGCAAAUUCCUUCAGUCCUCCUCCAAAUGCCAGACAACACUUGGUAAGUAAAAUGGUAUCAUUUAAACUUAAAUUAUAAGGUAUAA